CCUGAGUCACUUUCCCCAGGAGACUGGGACUUAGAACUGCCCAGAGCAGAAUCCCAGCUGGUGGAAGGUCCAGGAGUGCACAGGAUGGAGGCGAAUUCUUCUCUCCCCAUGAAUGUGUCUGGAGGGACUCACGCUGUACCUGCUGGCUAUCUUGUCCUGGAUAUCGUCUCUUUCUUGUUAUUAGCAGUCACCUUUGUCCUUGGCGUCCUGGGCAACGGGCUUGUGAUCUGGGUGGCUGGAUUCCGGAUGACACACACGGUCACCACCAUCUUUUACCUGAAUCUGGCCUUAGCCGACUUCUUUUUCACCUCCACUUUGCCUUUCUCUGUGGUCUCGAAGGUCAUGGGAGGACAUUGGCCUUUUGGUUGGUUCCUGUGCAAGCUCAUUUAUACCAUAGUGGACAUCAACCUGUUUGGAAGUGUCUUCCUGAUUGCGCUCAUUGCCCUGGACCGUUGCAUUUGUGUCCUGCAUCCAGUCUGGGCCCAGAACCACCGCACCGUCAGUCUGGCCAAGAAGGUGAUCCUGGGGCCCUGGGUUCUUGCCCUGCUCCUCACCUUGCCGGUUAUCAUUCGUAUGACUACCGUGGCUCGUGGAACGAUGGGGAGAGUAGUCUGCACUAUUGACUUUUCACCCUGGACCAACGAUCCUGUCGAGAAGAUGAAGGUGUCCGUCACCAUGCUCACGCUGAGAGGGGCCAUCCGCUUCCUCAUUGGCUUCACCAUGCCGAUGUCCAUCGUCGCCAUCUGCUACGGGCUCAUCGCCACCAAGAUCCACAGACAAGGCCUGAUCAAGUCCAGCCGUCCUUUACGGGUCCUCUCUUUUGUUGUGGCUGCCUUUUUUCUCUGCUGGUUUCCCUACCAGUUGGUUGCCCUCAUCAUCACAGUCAGAAUCCGCGAGGUGUUGCUUGGUCCGAGCAAAGGCUUUAUAGCAGCGGUGAACGUGACAAGCGCCCUGGCCUUCUUCAACAGCUGCCUCAACCCGAUGCUCUACGUCUUCAUGGGCCAGGACUUCCGAGAGAGGCUGAUCCACUCCCUGCCGGCCAGUCUGGAGAGGGCCCUCACCGAGGACUCAGCCCCGACCGGUGACACGGCGACCAGUUCUGCCUCACCUCCUGCAGAGGCCGAGUUGCAGGCAGCGUGAGGAGGGAGCUGGGAGACAGGCUUGAGCUCCCGUUUCCGGCUUCAUCUCACCUUCAGUUACACGAGCCACAGGCACUCCUUGCUUAGCAUUCCUUGCUUAUGUUCAGGUUGCCCAAUCAGAAAUCAAAGAGUCCUUGAACCCACCCAUACCCUGUAAACCCCCACUUCAAGAUGUCCUGUCUUUCCAGGCCAAACCGA